AUGUCCUACACAAACAAUUAUAACUAUCAGCUGCCUGGGCUUCACAGGAUCAAAUAUCUAGAGCACUUUGCACUCACGCUUAUGGCAGACUACCGAGCUGGUUUUCAGGUGGCAGUGAUCUUCGCCAUUUUGCUCGGUGGAGUUCUGUUACUGGCACUGGUUGUUGGUGGAAUCUAUUUCGUCUGUGUUAGUAACAUGCGAGAUGACGACAAAAAACGUCUACAUUCUGGUCGAAAUUCUGCAGCAUGGCCAGGACAACAAGCUCCAUCAUACAGCAGUGCUCCUUAUCGAGCUGCUCCUACUACAGCUGUUCUGACAGCUCCUACACCACCACAACAAAGCUACGACUUUGCCCCGCGAGGAUCAGCUGCCCAAUCGCCAAUGGGUAAUGUAGCCCCACAACAGUAUUCUUCACAGGUCCCACUCGUAAUGCCGGCACGAGUCGAGGAAUUCGGGCCACCGGCGCAUUAUCGUCCACUUCAACCUGAUGUCAUAUACACUCAGAAUCAUAUCAAAGAAUUGUCCUAA